AGGCUGGGUAGGGUAAGGUAUCGGUCUUUUGUAUCGGUACCUUUUUGCGCGCAGUUUUGCCCGCGUCGCGCUUUAAAACUGCGCCUCGGGCCAAAGCGUUGAACUGCGGCCUGGAAAAGGGCUACACGUCAUUGCAGAAUCGGCACGACGUAGAGACUUGCGUGGGAGGUGCGCAGGACAUAGCACACCAAGCAGAUCCGCGCGGCGCCGGCAAGCAGAUCCGCGCGGCACCGAUAAAUUUGCGUGGGAGGCCGCAGGGUAGAGCAUGCUCCGCCCAGCGGUGGCCGGCUCUUUGGCCUUGUUAUCAGCAGCACAAAACGACGAUAUGAACGACGACGACGACGAACAACCCCCUUUCAUUGCCAGGCUCUUAAUCAAAAAGGAGGAAUGGCUGGGCGACCUGCCGUGGUACUACGUGAUAGGGGCCGUCGUAAUAGCGCUGUGGGUGACAAAGAAAAUGCUGGCAUGUAUCAGGAGGCGCAGCGAACAGAACAGCAUCGGCGCGACGAAGCGCCGCGCCGACGGCUUCGACCGCUGGAACCCGCGGCCCUCGUCGGUCGUGCCGUCCUACGCGUCGACGGCGCUGCCGCCGACGAUCAAGCGCUAUGCGGCCCAGGGCGAGGAGCGGCCCGUCUUGCAGUGGCUCGCGUCGAACCGCGGCCGGCCCGACGCCGCCGACGCGGACGGGCGGACCGCGCUCCACCACGCGUGCGAGCACGGCCGCUCGAAGCUCGCGCGGCAACUGCUGGAGGGCGGGUGCGGGCCCGACGCGGCGGACUCGCGCGGCGCGACACCCCUGCACGCGGCCUGCGCGGCCGGCGCGGCCGCCGCAGUCCGCGUCUUGCUCGACGCGGGCGCAGACGUCGCGCGGCAGGACGCCGACGGCUACACCCCGUCCGCGCUGGCGGCGGCGCGGGGCCACGCGGGCUGCGCGCGGCUCGUGAGAAGGAGGGAACGCGACAUGCGCGCGGGCGCGACCAUCGGCGCGAGCCCGACGCUCCUGCGGAGCCGCAACGCGACGUCGGACGCUGUAUGA